UUCAAAUUCUCCGGCCAAGGAGAGCGAAGCGGCUUUCCGCUGCCCCGAGGUCCUGCCACGCAGCAGCGCGUUGGGAGCACGCAGGUGGGAAGUGCACCAGACCCGACUCCACUCUGAUGGGCUUUGCAGUGGUGUAUUUCCAUUGACGUGCAGGGAGUUACUCCUGGUUUACACAGCUUUAACUCGUGAUGCUAUUUCAGUUCUCCAGCUCUAGUGUUCAAAAAUAUUGACAUGCAGUUGGGGACAUUUAUGUCAAUACUUGUCUGAAGUGAGGAAAGGCUGCUGCUUGGGUUAUGACACAUCCUAUAUCUGAAGAACAUUCCUGAUGGCAGGCUCCCUAAAACCAACCCCAAUGUCUGUUCAUGUUGUAGCCUUUGGAAAUGAGAGAGAUGGAUUUUCUGAAGACAAUCAGCAGUCAGGUCUGAUCUGGACUUAUCUUGGGAGAAGUGCUCUCAUUUCAGAGACUGAAAGCAAUUUGCUGCUGAACUCUGCCAACCACACUGGAAACCCUGUGUUCACUGAAUAUCAAGCCUGUGUGUUUGGAAAUGUCAGACUGGUGGUGCAUGACUGUCCCCUUUGGGAUAUUUUUGACAGUGACUGGUACACUUCUCAAAAUCUUAUUGGAGGAGCUGAUAUCAUUGUGAUUAAAUACUCUGUAAAUGACAAAUCUUCAUUUCAAGAAGUAAAGGAUAGUUACGUUCCAAUGAUAAAAAGAGCAUUAAAUCAUUGUUCAGUUCCAGUCAUAAUUUCUGCUGUUGGCGCAAGAAAAAGCGAAGUACCUUGUACUUGUCCACUGUGCACUUUAGACAGAGGGAGCUGCGUUACUGCUUCUGAAGGGAUUCAACUUGCUAAAGAACUAGGAGCUACUUACCUUGAAUUGCACAGUCUCAGUGAUUUCUAUAUAGGAAAAUAUUUUGGAGGAGUGUUGGAGUAUUUUAUGAUCCAAAGCUUGAAUCAGAAGUCAUCUGAAAAAAUGAAGAAAAGGAAAAAAAGCCACAAGUGCCAUGGAGUUAAAGCACCUCAGCUUGAACAACCAGAAAAAAUGCCAAUCUUAAAAGGUGAAGCCUCGCAUUAUAACUCCGAUUUACAUAACUUGCUGAUCUGGUGCCAGUGUGUGGAUGUGAUAUUUUACUCGGAAGAUUUAAAGGAAGUAGUAGAAGCACACAAGAUUGUUUUGUGCUCUGUAAGCCAUGUCUUCAUGUUACUUUUCAAUGUGAAGAGUCCAGCUGAUAUUCAGGAUUCCUCUAUCAUAAGGACUGCACAGACUCUCUUUGCAGUGAACAGCGAGGCUGUGUUUCCAGUUUCUAACAGAGGUUCACCAUGCGGCCCACCGGUUAGAGUCAUUGUUAAAGACUCUUUCUUCUGUUUUUGUUUGUCAGACAUUCUGCACUUCAUUUAUUCAGGUGCUUUCCAAUGGGAAUUAUUGGAAGAAGAUAUAAAAAAGAAGUUGAAAGACCCAGGAGAAGUUGAGCUUGUGCUUGAGAAAGUUAAAUGUAUCCUGAAAACUCCAGGAAAGGUGAAUAGUUCAAAGAAUUGCAGAUCUCAUCAGACAGCAAGACCCUUGCAGUUAUGUGAUACUUCUCUCAGGCUUUUCUUUAACACACAUGUGUUAGCUGAUGUCAUCUUCCAAAUACAAGGUGCUACUAUACCAGCCCACAGAGCAGUCCUAGUGGCUCGCUGUGAAGUAAUGGCAGCUAUGUUUAAUGGAAGUUAUAUAGAAGCAAAUAGUUUUCUGGUUCCAGUUUAUGGGGUUUCCAAAGAUACUUUCCUCUCCUUUCUAGAGUAUCUGUAUACUGACUCCUGUUGUCCAGCCAGUAUUUUGCAAGCCAUGUCUCUCCUGAUUUGUGCUGAGAUGUACCAGGUAUCUAGACUCCAGCAUAUCUGUGAGCUUUAUAUCAUCACACAGUUGCAGAGUAUGCCUAGUAGGGAAUUAGCAUCUACAAGUCUUAGCGUUGUCAGCUUGCUCAGAAAAGCCAAGUUUCACAACUCUGACUGCCUUUCAACUUGGCUCCUUCAUUUUAUAGCCACUAACUACCUCAUCUUCAGUCAAAAGCCUGAAUUUCAAGAUCUUUCAGCGGAAGAGCGCAAUUUUGUUGAGAUGCACCGAUGGCCUUCCAGUAUGUACUUGAAACAGCUUGCAGAUUACAGGAAUUACAUCAACUCCCAGAAAUGCCACUGCAUAGUAAUGUAACCAGAAGAUUGAUUAUUCAUAAACUGGAGAAUUACAGACUGGGAAUUACAUGGAGGCUAUUAAAACUGUAGCAGGGAUGAAAAUAAACGUUUAAGUCCUGCUGUACUCUAUAAUUUGCUUGCUAAUACUCUUUUCAUUAAUAAUGAAUUACUGUGAUGUUUUAAAGGGAUUAAGAAAUAUACCAUAGGACAGCAUAAGGAGUUAAUCAGGCCUGGUCUACACUACAAAGUUAGGUUGACAUAAACCGCAUGUGCAUGCCUAUACCUAAAUUUGUCUCUGACUGAUAUAAGUGCCCCAUUAACAGCAAUGCAGUAACACUACCUCCCUGAGCAGCAUUAAGCCAUGAAUGAUGUACUGAGGUUGACACAACACAAGUGUAAACAACGGCAUUACUUAUAUGAAUUCUAACAGUCCUCCAGCAGCUGUUCCACAGUGUCUGACGCUAACCUCUUUGGUCACAAUUGUGAAUGCCAUUGUCCAGGGGUCAUGGAGUCUAGAAGGUCCUCCCUCUCUUUUGAAGCCCUGUAAAUUUUUGAAAUGCCUUUUCCUGAUUGUCCAGCUGGAGAGCACACCUAGCAGCUCUUCACUGUGUGCAACUAUGCAGCUGACCAUGGCAGCUAUAUGCUCCAGACACACUCUAUCUUGGAGUAGAGAAGAUAUAUUGGAUCCUCUGGGCCUGUGUGUAGAAGAGGCUGUGUAAGCACAGCUAUGGACCAGCCAUAGAAAAAUGAACAUCUAUGAGCAGAUUGCACUGGGGAUGCAGGAGAAGGAGUAUGACAGGGGCCAGCAGCAUUGCUUUGUGAAAGCGAAGGAAUUGGGUCAGCCAUAUCAAGAGGCAAACAAUCAUUCUGGUGCUGACCCGCAGACCUGCCACUUUUACGAAGAGCUGCAUGCCAUAAUUGUCAGAGACCCUUCUGAUAUCACGCACAUAAUCAUGGAUACCUUUUGAGGAUCCCAAGCCACAGGUCCCUGGCAUGAACAGCUGCGAGGAGGAUGGGGGACAUGCAACCAGGGAGCCAGGACCUGUUUUGAGACUCCACCGCAGUCCAGUCAGUCCCAGCAGUUGAGCAUGGGUCAGUUCGAUGCAGGGGAAGGAACUUCGGCUGUUGCCAUUGUGGCUCUGAGAGGUUCCCCCCUCCGCACCUGAGGAAAGCCUGAGCUAGAUGAGGAGGAGAAAGAGGAGGACUAGGGAUGACAUGUUCAAUGACAUCCUGCAAGCCAGUGUUGCAUGAGACUGAGAAAAGGAUCUGGAGGGUGAACAUUACAGAUAGCCUAGGGAAGGAAAAAGCAGAGGAGAGAGGCACCAAGACAUAAUGGAGCUUCUCCAACAGCAAACCGAGAUGCUGCAGACUCUUGCGGACUUAAUUUCAACAAUCCCAGGUUCUCCUCCCUUUGCAGUCCAUGGCAAACUCCAUAACAGCACCUCCCUAUGCUCUCCCACCCUACAUUCCAUGUGGUAUCAGGGGCUUUAUCCCUAUCCGUCCCACUCCAGCCCAGCAGACAUUAAGAACAACCACAGCAUCACAUAAACCGAUCUGUGAAAUCCAUGGUUUCUGUAUAUGUAGAUUAAUGGACAAGAAUGUUCUUUCCGCUGGUUUUUCUGUUUCAUUAAUUUAUUUUUAAUGUAUUUGCUUUUAAAUUGCACAGAUUUUUUUCUUUGCACUGGUUUUGCUUCUGAAUAACAUUUUAUUAUUUGGGAAAUAAUCUUUUAGUUCACAACACAUGCUUCAGAGUAUCUAGCAAUUCUGAAAGCACCUACUUAAUUGUUACUGUACAGUGUGGCACAACUCAUAAGAUCAGUGACAGCAUAAUAAUCAUAAAUGUACAGCAAGCACAACAAAAUUAAGAGGUGCAUUGACAGUGUUAUAUUCAUAGAUGUACAACACACAAUUCCUAACAGGCCCCAAAAUAGCAGGGCCGAGUAGAACAGAGUACACCACAUGUUACUGUGGCUCACAGUUAAAAUGCUCUUCAAAGCCUCUCUGAGCUGUAUGGUUUGGUAUUGAGCUCUUCUAAUAGCCCUUGUGUUUGGCUGUUCUAACUCAGCAGACUGCCAGCCCACUCUGGUGGAAAUUUUUCCCCCUUUGCUUCCCUGAGAUUAUGCAGAACACAGCGGGCAGCUAUAAUCAUUGAUAUAUCUUUUUUUUUUUUUCCACUGAGAUCCAGUCUUGUGAGUAAACAACACCAGCAUCCCUUCAGUCUUCCAAAAGUGCAUUCAACUGUCUCUUUGCACCUGCUAAGCCAAUAGCAAAAUCUUUCCUUGGUGCUAUUGGGAUGGCCAGUGUACGGCUUCAUGAGCCAGGGGAGCCAAGGGGUAGGGUGAGUCUCCCAGGAUUGCUAUUUAGUAUCUCAACAUCGCCAGUGGUAAUCUGACAGUUAGGAAAGAAAGUCCCUGCUUGUAGCUUUCUGAACAGUCCUGUAUUUUUAAAGAUGCAAGCAUUAUGCACAUUCCUUGACCAGCCAAAGUUGAUGUCAGUGAGGAGACCCUAGUGAUCCACCAAAGCUUGCAUAACUAUAGAAAAGUAGCCCUUUCUAUUGAUGUACUCUGUGGCAAGAUGGGCUUGUGCUAAAAUAGGGAUAUGUAUGCUGACUUCGCUUCACCACAGUUCAGGAAUGCCGUUACUGAAAAUUCAUCCAGCAUGUCCUGCAUGUUCCUGAGUCACAAUACUGCAUAGCAAGAGAUGUUUAGUGGCCUUGCACUUGCAUGACAGUGGCCCCCAUAGUGGAUUUUCCAACUCCAAAAUGAUUUUUCACUUACCAGUAGCAAUCUGACAUUGCAGGUUUCCACCGUGCAAUCACUACUGUCUUCUCCACCGUCAGUGGAACUCUCAUUUUGGUGUCCCUGUACUGGAGGGCUGAGGCAAGCUUGGCACACAGAUUAGGAAUGUGGUCUUGCGCAUCUGAAAGUUCUGCAGCCACUGCUCGUCAUCCCAAGCCUGCAUUAUGAUGUGAUCCCACUAGUCAGCGCUCGUUUCUUGGUUCCAGAAGUGGUGCUCUACCAUCUGCAGUUUGAACACGAGCAACAACCUUGAAUUUGUUCUUGCUAUGUCCCAGAGCAGUCUGUGCUCCAAGAUACUGUUGUAUUCCCUGCUUAUUUGGUUCAUGUUAUGGGUCUGCAAACAUCGGAAGAUCUUGCGUCCUGGCUUGCAACACUUAUGACAGUAGUGCAGAGCUGUGCAAGCGCCAUGCUUUAGCCAACUAUUCUUGUAGGGAGUGGUGUGUGUGGUAUGUCAGUGUUUGGUCCUAGAGGGACGGUGUAAAAAAAGGAAGAUUAAUGAAAAAGUAACUUAGUCCUGAAAACAAAGCAGGAUGAACCAUUUUAAAGGCACCUGCAGAAAAAAUUGCUGCCAGGCGAAGGUGAGACCCACCAUAUUAAGUAGUACCUAUAGUACUUUUCUGUUAAGAGAGAGGAGGAGUUUUUGUAUCUCUGCACAGUUAUUCCUUUGGGAAUUACACACUAGAACUAUAGGGGAUUUUCUUCUGGUGCACUUUUAGAGGUCCAGAUAACAUUUCCUAUUCUGGACAAAAAUAAUGAUACUCUGCUCACUCCAAAUAUCGAAGGUUAGCUCAGUUAAAAAUGUUAAUUAAAGAGUAUUUAUAUAUAGCUUUGUGUCUGAAGAUCUAAGAGAGCUUUGCAAAUGUGAGCAGCAUUAUUAUCUUUGUUUCACAGAUGAGGAAGACUGAAGCAGAGAGGGGUUGAGAUUUGUUUAAGAUCACAUUGCUAGUCAGUGACAACUAGGAAUAGCACAUUGUCUCCUGCAGGGAAUAAAACAGAUGAGUCUGUUACCAUGGAGAAAAAGAAAUGUUAAAGGUGGAAUAAAAAUGGUCAUACAUUAAAGUGGAAACAAAAUAUGCAUAAAUCAUAUUUACAUUUUUUAAAAAUUAUAACUACCUCCUUAUUUUCUAAUGUUUAUAUCUGUUGCAGUAGAAAUUAAAAAUUCUAGAUGUAGAUCAGCUGGAUGAAACGACAAAUGUUGAAGUUUUGAAAGCUUAAGGCCAUCAGCAAAAAUGACUACAGAAUUAUGUCUAAUUUGCAUGAAUAAUUACUUAACAUGCUCUGUCACAGUAUCUGCACCUACAAAUGGCCAGUUUAAUCAUUUAACUAGUGUUUGUAUGCACAAUACUAAAUUCAUGUGUGCAGUCAUGGUAAUUACGUAUACAAAUUGUGUGUGUGAAUGUUUGCCCAUAUUGCAUGUGGCCCUAAGUUUUUAAUAUUUUGGAAAUCUGAUUUGCUACACUAGAAUUUCUUGCCAAUAACUCAAUGUAGUGGGAUAUUUAUUUUCAUGAAGGAGAUUUCAUAAAUCCUUUUUCCCAUUAAUAGCUUAAAAAAAAGUAAAAUGGAAAUAUGGACCAUUUCUGUGGACCAGAUAAUAUUUUAUGGUAUUGUAUAUUUAUUUUAGUCUUUUGUGUUAAUCAUCCACAAACACUUUAUAUAGUGAGGCCAAGAAAUGUGAGGAGACAUUUAUCCAUAGAUUUAUAACUUGCUAAUUACGCAAACACAAAAUAGCUUUCCAUUCUUCACAGGUGUCUCUAUUAUGUUACCUAUAUCAGGUGGAGACAUUAGGUCAAACCCAGAUAGAUGUGAUAAUUUGAGAAAAUUAGUGAUUUCUCCAUGCAAACAGAACAACAAACGGAUGCUUUUCUUUAAAUUUAAAAAGCACAUUUCUAAAAUCUAUGGCUUAGAUAUAGGUUUUGCUAUCUCAUUAUUUAGGUACAAUUCAGAAAUCCAUACAUGAUAGUCAGAAGUUAGUCAAAGCACCACUGAGUUUGAUAUGUAUAAUAACUUUACAUGUACAAUAUUUUUCCAUUGGUUUAAAUUAAAAAUUAGGAAGUUCCUGAAAAUUUCAUUCAAACAGUUAAAAGAUCUGGAAACAUUAAAAUAGCAUAGAAAAGGAAAACUGGUAAAUCAGUUUAGGAAAAAAACUCUUUAGGCUUUGUAUAGGCAAUCAAGUCUAUCUUUAAGAGAGCUGUUCUGCUAAUAACUUUCACUUUUCUUCUGAAGUAGGAUUAUCACCUCUAUCAGUUUAAGAUAUGGUAUAGGAUCUAUUCUUUUAUAACUGCUUUGAAUGCAUAUUGAGAGACUACACCUCUACCUUAUUAACGAAUCCUUUUAACAUUUACACACCUUUUUUCCAUAUUUGUUUAUGAUACAUGUACGCUUACAUCAAGCCAGUAUGGAGGUUUAUAUUGAGGCUAACAUAGGAAGUCUUCUGUCUUAAGAAACAUUAAUUUCCACUGCUGUAGUCUUUAGAUCUUGGUGAACAAGGUAAGAAAAAAGUUUAGGAGAAAAUAACUUAUUUUACCAAGGCAUGUGCUGAAAUUCAGCUUUUAAUAUUUGCAUAAGUUAUGGAAUGGUAUUUUCUUUUCGACUAAAAUUUACAAUAUCUAGAUUUAGUAUUUAAUAUUUUGUAACAAAACAAUAAACAUUUUUUCUGCA